UCGAAGAAGAGCGAGAGCUCUGAAAAGCUGAAAAUGGCGAUAGCAGUGGCGCUUUUGAAAUCAAAGCUUCUUCUUCAGAAAAAUAAUAGUUCAAAUAAUCAUAAUACUAAUAAUGGGGCUGGUGCUGUUUCAUCUUCAGCCGAUCCUCCACCUCCAAAUUCUCGAUCGGACGAUCACGAUUCACUCAAAUGGAAACGCAAGGCUAAAGAGCGUAAACGAGAAAUUCUGAGACUUCAGGAGGACCUGAAACUUGCUGAAGACGGAAUGCAAUAUGAUUUAUUUCCUCAAAAUGCGGCUUGCAAGUGCUAUUUCUAUGAUAAUAUGGGAAUAUUGAGCGAUAAGCAACUGGAGGACAGGAGGUUUAAUGAUGUCCUGCGCCGUAGAUUUCUCAGACAAGUGAGGAUAAAGGAAAGAAAGAGAAGAAGAGAUGCCAGCUUCAAACAACAUGUUCCAGGGACUAACAGUGAUAAUGAAAUUGAGCAACUAAGUUCUUCAGUUGAUUUUCUUGUGGAGCUUUGUGACGCAAUUUCUCCCACUGAUGUGGAGGACCAAGCUUUCAAAAAUUGGUCACACCAAGCUGUGGACUUCAUUCUCAUGACACUAAAGUCUAUGCUGCCAGUGGGAGAUAACAGAGAAAUUAUUGAAGGCAUUAUCAGCGGUUUAGUCAUGCGUUUGCUGAGAAGGACGUGUAAUGGCUCGCAUGCAGAUGAUUCACAACACACUGAAUCUAACGCCUGCUUCUAUGUUCAACACUUAAUCCGUAAGCUUGGAAGUGAGGCUUAUGUGGGACAGCGUAUUAUCCUCUCAGUUUCUCAGGGAAUUUGCACAGCUGCAGAAAGUUUGCUUUUCAUGGACCCAUUUGAUGACGCUUUUCCAAAUAUGCACAACUGUAUGUACAUGAUGAUCCAGCUUAUUCAGUUUCUUGUUUCAGAUUACUUACUGAAUUGGUCAGAAAAGGAAGAUCUAGAGAUGGGACUUUUUGAAGAUUGGGUUUCAUCCCUUCUGCAUGCUCGGAAAGCGUUAGAAAUCUUGGAAAGUAGGAAUGGACUAUAUGUUCUGUACAUUGAUCGCGUGAUUGGUGAUGUAGCCAAGAAAGCAGGUCAGUCCUCGCUUUUGCAGAGGCUGAAACCAAAUGUCUGUUUUAGUCUGUUUAGGUAACUGCAUCGUUAGAAAAUUUUUCAUGGAAAGCUGGAACUAUGCUUCAAGUAUGUUGCUUUCUUUUGUUGUUGCAAGGCUGAAAGCUUGUGUGAUUGCUUCAAACCUAUGUACAUAAACACAAAAUGAAGCGUAGACACCAAUAUGAUAUCUGCUAAUCUUUUUCCACUGUGUUUCA